AUGGAUUUUGUAUCGGCUCGUGCUAAUGACCUGAAAAUAAGAAUUAGACGUCUAAGAAGGAACAAUUUCCACGACUACAGCUUUGACGAUUGGGAAGAAACGACACCAUUGCUAUAUUUCGACGACAACACAACAAAUUAUACAACGAACGAAUCGAAUGGCACAGAAUAUACAACAACAACAGCCGAAUCAGAAUCGAUGUACGCUAUUCCCACGACGACCACAUUAAGUGGUCCAAUGGAAAGUGUUGUACCUUCGAUUAAUAGUACUACUGACACAACCAUAAGCACGAAAGUAUUCAAUAACGAUACUGAAGUAACGAGUCAGCUUGUAACCGAACCUGACACCACAUCUCUAACGAAUCCUUUCAUAGAUACGCGAUCUAUCGAAGCAACAACUAAUAAUAUGACAACAACACAAAGUAACGCAACAACAGCAAGUUAUGAAAUCAUCGAGACAUCUGAGCCUAUCGUUGACGUUCCAUCGACAAGUUCGACAGUGACUGAGGACAUUUUGGAAUACUAUGUUACAACAAGCACAACCAGUCCCUUAGUGACAGAGGGACCGGUCGCUAACGGGUCUAGAACAGACAGCUCCACCAUCAGUCCUUUUCUACUGGAGAUGGAAAAGCAAGUGGAACUGCAUAGAGUCGGGUUUUUCACUGCUUCGAUGUGCACCUUUUUAAGAGUUCUCGCGUUAAAAGACAUUUCCGUCUUCGACGACUUGAAGAGUAGUUUCUAUGAAAUAGUGAUGGAAGCUCAGCGAGAGGGUAGAUUGGAAAUGUUCGGAGCGAUAGGCGCAGGUUUAGUGGUCGACCUGACUGCAAGGGGGAACACUAUUGACACAGAAAUAUUAAAAGACUUGGCUGCGCAAUAUUACCCCAUAAUGCUGGACAGGAAGAUGCAGUUUAGACCAGAAGCGAACGCAAUGUUCGACAUCGCAGACAAUGUGUAUACGAUUGAAGAUGCCAAACGGGUCGCAGAUAGCAUAGCAGAAGUGGACGCGUACCCUAACACGACGCGGUCAGCGAUAGAUAUUGUUAAAAAGUACCUUCUCGUAGCUAUAUUGGUGCCUUUCAAUCGCAUGAGAGGAACUACGAGGGAGAAGCUGUUCAUGAUGGAGAUGGAAAAUUUUAUCGCGAAUUGGUUAAGACGGUCAGGCAGACGACAUAAGAGGCUAGGAAAUGCAGCAAUUGGUUUCACACGUGUAAAAAGAAAUAAUUUCCACGACUACAAUUUCGAUGAUUGGGAAGAAACCACACCGCUUUUAUACUUUGACGACACGAGUCCUACCGUCCAUAAUGAAAACACUACAGUAGAUAAUGCCACUACAAUAAAUAUUGCAACCGAAUCCGAAAAUUCGUUAAACGUAUCUGAAGUAACACAUUCAGAAAUAACACUAAGUGACAUAACAAACGCCACAAAACCAAUGAACGAUGAAACAAUUCAGUUAACAACGAAAGUUAGUAAUGAAAUUGUAACAGUUGUUGAUAAUGCAACCACAGUUGAUGUAAAAGAGGCAAUAGUAAGCCGUAUCGAAACGACAGAAAUUGAUGUGACAACAAAUUAUUCGAUAACAGAUAAUUUAGAAGAUUUGACACCUACCGACGCUACGAUUUUAAUAACCAAGGAGGCUAAAUAUACUGAUGCGCCCUCUCACACCUCCGCUGCACCGACGCUGAACCCCUUAACGCUCGAAGUGCAAAAGGCAAUGGAGAAUAACAAAAUUGGUUAUUUCACUGCUCUACUGGCAACAUUAAUGAGAGUUACUGCGUCGAAGGAAGAUUCAGACUUGGACGCUUUAAAACGGGCAUUGUUUCACGAAGUUUUGAAUGCACUGAACUUAGGACAAUUAAGUAUGUUCGGCCCGGUCACCACUAGUGCUCUGACAGACUUGUCUGAAAUGUGGUCUUUGUUGUAUGCUGAUGUAUUAAAAUCCCAAGUGACCUACUUCUAUGGCACAUUACUAAAUAGAAGGGAGUACUACAAUCCGGAUACCAACGCAAUUUUCGAUCUCAUCGACAACGAAUAUACGGUCGAAGAUACCACGAGCAUCCUGUCUUGUAUAUCCGAUAUAGAGGCAUUCCCGAAUGUUUCUCAGUCGGAUAAGGACAUUUCCAAACAUUUGCUGUUGGUCGCGUUUUUCCUUCCUUAUCAUAGGAUAAGAGGCACCACGAAGGAGAAAGUAUUGAUGGCGGAGAUUGAGAAUUUGGUAGCACGGAAAAUAGCCGGGGCUAGACGGUACCGUGGAACUUUAAGGAAACCAAAAUACAAUAGAAAAAAUAUGAAACAUAAAGAAAGAAAGACAAGGAUAAAGUCAGAAAAACAAAAGACCUCAAUUUUGACAAGUAAAAACAAUGCAGGGUUGAAAUAUCAAUUUAAACCGAUACGCUUUUACAAAGACCCAGUUCGGCUAUUCGACUUUUGGACAAGUCCGACGACAACAGUGUCGACGACAGAUGUUGAUCUGGACUAUCUACGCAACAAAACAAUUAUGAAGAAGUUGAAGAGGCAGAUGAAAGCAUAUAAGAAGAAGUGGAAGGAAAUAAAAGAAAAAGAGAAAAUAGCGGGAAAGAAGCGCGGCAAAACGACAACGACAACUACAACGACGGUGCGGCCGCCGUUGCACAAGAGCAAAUAUUAUUUGAGGAAGUACGUGAAGAAAGAUCUAUAUAAAAUGAAGACCACAACACCGUCGACUACUACGAAGACGAAAUGGUUCAGAAAAUCUAAAUAUAAGAGUGACACUGACAGUGACGGUGAUAAAAAUGACGAUAUAGAUAAUAGGCAGCAAGAAACUGACACAGAUAACAAACAAAAUGAUAUAUUUUAUAAUUUAAGUAAUAUAGACGAUAAAACUGUGGAAAGCUAUGGCAGUAAUGUCAAAGAAACUACUGAACGUAGUUAUUCAAAGAUCAGGGUUAGCUAUAAGGUUAAUACAAAGAAUUCUGGGGAAGAUACAAGUCAUUCGUGUAGUUAUGAAUACGCCAGCAUUGAUAAAUCGGGACAAGAUUUUAUUGAUGCUACAAUAGAGAGUCACCCGUAUGCUUUUAAGGGUGGUUUAAAUAAGAAUGACACGAAAUACAGUAAAAAGAGAAAACGUGUCAAAGAAUCGGUAAAUUCUGCAUUUAAAAUUAAUACAAAAGAAAAGACAGCUUUAAAAAAAAUAAACGAAUUACGAAGAGAUUCCGAUUACAGUAAUUAUGAAGCAGAAUUAAAAAUGAAUAUUCAGGAUGCGUUAAUUCACGGGAGAGAGAACGAUCUCUCUCUUUACAAAGAUAAGAGAAGAUUAAACAGAAUUGGGUCUUUUCCAAGUUAUAGUAAUGAAGAGACAGUAAUUAAAGCGAAUGUGUACAAGGCUUUUGGCUAUACCAAUGAUUUUGCCGGCACGUUGAAGAAAUUAUUAAAUAUGGAUUACACCUCCAGCGGUAUUACCUUAGCUAUCUACUCCAAAUAA